ACACAUGUCAACCCAUCUGUUCUGAUGCUCAGCUUUGGAGAAAUGAUGGAGAUGAGAUAUGUAUAUGUUGUUAUAACAUUAAUUGGCUUCAUAAUGAUUAUUUUAUCAAAUGGAGUAGUCAUAUAUGUAAUAAUGAUGCAUAAAAGUUUACAAGAGCCAAUGUAUAUUUUUAUUUCUGCACUAUGUGUAAAUGGACUAUAUGGUAGCAUUUCUUUUUUCCCUAGUCUGCUUGUAAACCUUCUUGACAAAACACAAGCCAUUUCCUAUGUUAAUUGUUUGGUACAAGUGUUUUGCAUCCAUACUUACACAGGGUGUGAAAUGGCUUUACUAGCCGUGAUGGCGUUUGAUCGUUAUUUAUGCAUUUGUAACCCCUUAAGAUACAACAAUAUAAUGACCAUGUCCACAACCUACGCACUAAUAAUUGGGGCCUGGUUUCUUAACAUUUUUCCAUUCACUAUACACCUUAUACUGACAAUUAGACUUCCUUUGUGUGGUACAAUUAUUCCCAAGAUUUAUUGUGACAAUUUUUCUGUAGUUAAUCUAUCAUGUAUUGAUACAACUGUGAACAAUAUAUAUGGUCUCUUCAUCACAAUAGCAAUGAUUGUGGGCAUGCCUAUUCUAAUCUUGGCCUCCUAUAUUAGGAUUUUGAGAGUAUGCGCCAAUUCUUCAAAAGACUUCAGAGCGAAAGCUUUAAAGACAUGCACCCCUCAUCUGAUCACCAUGAUAAACUACGUUGCUGACAUACUUUUUGAAGUGCUUCUCCACCGUUUCAGACCACAACAUUUACCUUAUGACCUAAAAAUCAUUAUGUCAGUUCAGGCAUUUGUGGUGCCACCACUUCUAAACCCAUUAAUUUAUGGAUUGAAAAUGAGAGAAAUAAGAGUAAAGAUUUUUCAGCUGUUUCUAUUGAGCAGAAUUAGCUCUGGAAAGACAAGUAUGCAGGAACACUGA